AUGGCAGAGCCAUCGAUCGUGGUGAGACUGUCGUCCUCAGAAGAUGUUGAAGAAGUUGUCUCGGUCUCGGAACCAGAAACGAUGGUGGUCACAAUGGCUUUUCCACUGGAGUCGGUGGUGGUGACCACCGAGACACCAGCAGUUGAAGUUGAUUCUUCGUCAGCAGAGCUGCUUGGCUUGACCACACCACUCGAAGCAGUAGCACUAAGCUUGAUAUUAUACAACCACGAGUCUGCUCUCUUGGAUUUUCCGCCUUGGUUGACAGAGAUAAGUCAAAGGAUAAGCCAUGUUGAUGGAGGUGUUGGAGAUCUUGGAGAACGAUCCAGAUGCGGGAUUUCCAUCCAAAUCGAAGUUGUAGUAAUCUUCCACAAAAGUCCAUGCGUCCUGGCUUUCUCCCUGAAUACCGAACGGAGUGUAAUUAGAAGGAACAUGGAUUUCAAAAAUACCGUAGCCAGAAGUCUCGUUCUGGUAGGCGAUGAUUGUUGGGUGAGCACCGAUAGAUCCAGUGGCCUCGAGGAAGAAAGUUCCAAACUUUUCGGUAACCACUGUGGCAUUGGCACUGUAAACGAUGUCAUUUGA